GAACCCAUGGAUAUCAAAACUGUAUACGACAUUGAUGUAAAGGGUAUCAUAACUUCGGCAUCCACUCACCAUAUAAGAAACGUCCUUCGAAAACGUCGUCUACUAUUGUUCUUGGCACGUACGUUGAGUCUCGUUCCUGCAUCAUAUGCUUGCGUAUCGUUUGCCGAACGCAUAUCAGCGAUUGACGGUGAAUGUGAGGGUGCUGGAGUGGUAGUUAUAUGGCUUGAAUAUAUUGUUGCUUGCAUGUGGUGCUUUCUAGCCAGUCUCUGGAGCUACUGGCUAAACGACUCAAUAACACGUCGUUUGCUGUCUCACGAAGCAGGCAUUGCAACAAAACGCCUAGUCGCUUUCCAAGCCCUAAACUUGAUUGCAACCGUCUACGUAGCUUCUCGCUAUGGUUUCGAUCAACCAAUCUGGACAUGGGUAGUGAUCAGCUGCAUCCUUGCUUUUGUUAACGCCGGUCAAUGGUUAUUCACAUCAAGGCCAAAGCAUCCAACACUUGGGGAAAUCGAGGACAAUCAGCCUGUUACUGCCUGGAAGGAUGUUAACGAUUAUAUAUUGGUACCGUUGGCUGUUGCUUCAGUCGUAACUGCAGCUGCCGAUCUUGCAAAAGAAGUGAUAUUGAUGCAAUAA